AAAGCUUAAAUAUAAGAGUGGACGCUGCACCAUGGCUCAGACAUGGUGCAGUGAGUGUGAUAUUUGUUCUGUUGAUGUUCUUGUUCAUAUUUUUCUGCCUCAGCCAAGUUUACUCUAGUCUGUUUUUUUUUCAAACAGAAACAAUCUAGACUAAUUACUCCACACAGGGGCGCCAUUUACUCACUGUUGUCCAUUAUCGGACAAUAUAACACAGUUUUGACACGGUGAUCCAUCACAGCAGGAGAAGCGUGUGCGGCCUUAAUGAGCUGCUGUGCUGCCCGGCAGCUCUGAUGCAAUCUAAAUGCCAACGAGUCUGUUAAGUGAUUAAUUGGCAUUCAUAGAGCUACAAGAGCUCGUGCUCAGUGUUUUACCUCAAUGCGGCCAGCAACAUGACCAGCACAUGCAAACUUCAGGUGAAAUGAAGGAAGUAAUGAGCAGCUCACCUGUUGCUCUGCGGCCCGGCUGCUGUGGAGACACACCGUCCGUCAGCUCUGCGUCUGCUGAAGCGGUGUUAUAUUUGACAGCAAAAUCAGCUGAGGGGAGUCACUCUGCCAGGGUGCGACGGGCUCUGGAGAAUGAGACAGAGUGCAUCUCUCCACAAUCCUCAGAGUUUCCUGGUGGUUUCUUCACGGUGCAGGAGAGGAAGGAUGGAGGGCUCAUCAUUUAUUUUAUGAUCAUCUUCUACAUGCUGCUGGCUGUGUCCAUAGUCUGCGAUGAUUACUUUCUGCCCUCCUUGGAAGUAAUCAGUGAACGUCUGGGUCUGUCUCAGGAUGUAGCCGGAGCCACGUUUAUGGCAGCUGGGAGUUCUGCACCGGAACUGGUCACAGCCUUUCUGGGUGUGUUUGUGACAAAGGGCGACAUCGGGGUCAGCACCAUCGUGGGAUCGGCAGUCUACAACCUGCUAGGAAUCUGUGCUGCAUGUGGACUCUUGGCCUCUAUGGCAGGGCGACUCAGCUGUUGGCCACUGUUCAGAGACUGCCUGGCAUAUGGCAUCAGUGUCUCUGCUGUUAUUGCCAUCAUUUCAGAUAACAAGGUGUACUGGUACGACGCCGCCUGUCUGCUGAUGGUCUACGUUGUCUACAUCAUAGUUCUGUGCUUCGACCUUCGUAUCAGUGAGUUUGUCCUGAGGAAGCUGAGCCCCUGCUGCACCUGUCUGGGUAAAGGAUCCGGCGAAAAGACGGAGACGCAGCCUCUGAUGGGCUGGAGCGACGUCACCAGUCUGCGAGUCAGCAGUCGGUCCAGAACAGACAGCGGGAUCUUCCAGGACGACUCUGGAUACUCCCACCUGUCCCUCAGCCUGCAUGGCCUCAAUGAGAUUCCUGAAGCAGAGCAUAAAAGUGUGUUCGCUGUGCCGGAGAGCGACCUGAAACGGAUCUUCUGGGUCCUCUCCUUGCCCAUCAUCACUCUGCUCUUCCUGACCAUUCCUGACUGCAGGAGAAGGUUCUGGAAGAAAUGGUUCAUGAUAACCUUCCUCAUGUCGGCCGUCUGGAUCUCGGGGUUCACAUACAUACUGGUGUGGAUGGUCACUGUGGUCGGCGAGACUCUCGGCAUCCCUGACACAGUUAUGGGACUCACUCUGCUCGCUGCUGGGACCAGUAUACCUGACACUGUGGCCAGUGUGAUGGUGGCCAGAGAAGGGAAAGCUGACAUGGCCAUGUCCAACAUCGUGGGCUCUAAUGUGUUCGACAUGCUCUGCUUGGGCCUGCCAUGGUUUAUCAAGACUGCCUUUGUGGACACAAACAACCCCGUGGAGGUCAACAGCUCUGGGCUGGUCUUCAUUUCCUGCACGCUCCUCCUUUCCAUCGUCUUCCUUUUUAUAUCCGUUCACAUUAACGGAUGGAAGUUGGACUGGAAGUUGGGAAUCAUUUCUCUCAUCUGCUACAUCCUCUUUGCAACUCUGUCCAUCCUGUAUGAGUUGGGGAUUAUUGGGAAUAAUCCUGUAAGACUUUGCAGUGACUGAGAUCUGACCCCCUGAGGACCGAAGCCAUAUCCUCUGAGACUAACAACAGUACAAAAACACAAGUGUCAAGCCUAGAAUGUCAAACCAAGGAGGUCUGGUCCCCUUUACAUACCGUUAAAGAUACUGUGCCAUGACAGACGUGUGCUGGUCACAUCUCAUGACGAGGAUGACACUAUGUAUGUCACUAAAAGUGGAAAUGUGCCAAAGAUCACUCUCUUCUGUUUGUGUAGCCGUCAGCCCAGACACCUUACAUGAAGAAGACCCGUUAUCAAGCUCUGCUGUGUCUUCUGUCUUACUCAAGAACCAUAAACAGAAAAUGUGCCACCACAGGAGUAACUGCAGUUCAGAUAAAUCCAGAAUUGACUGGUCAGAGUCAAGUAAUAAAAAAGGUGUCAACCAUAAUCAUGUGGCCUUGUCCUUCCUUUUUGGUCGGUGGGUGAGUGGAGACAAAGAGGCACCAUCUACGCAACACUGAUAAGCUUUUAUGAGCCCUUUUAUAAGUCCUUACUGUUUGCAAACAGGAAGGGGGGAAGAGCAAAAAAGACAAAGAAUUUUUCCACGUGUCUUUUCUUA